AUGCCUUGGGGUAUAUGUCAAAGGACAUGUUGUUCCCGCAAAUCCAAAGCAAAACUAUCUAAAAAAUUUGCACCAAAAGGUGUACCACUUAUGCCAUCAACUUUAGAUAAUGAUGUCGAUAAUUUAAUGAAAUUUUUGGGUUUAAUAUUACUAAGAUCAACAAAUUUCUCAAUUAAAAAUGAUGAAGAGAACACUUCAAAUUCUGAUAAUUAUUCAACGUCAACUAAAAAAGAUGAAAGAGAUGAAAAAGACGAAAAAGACAAUAUUUCAAACGCUGAAACUUCUUUACAAUCAACUAAAAAAGAUGAUGAUGAUACUUCAAAUGCUGGAAUUUCUUCACCAUUGCCAACUAAAAAAGAUGGGGAGAAUACUUCAAAUGCUGGAAAAUUUUUGAUAAAAAUUAAAAACAAAAUCAAACGUGAGAAUUCAGUUGGUCAAAAGGUUAAUAUGUCAAACCUACAACCUUCAAAUUCGAAAAAUGGAAAGCAUGAUCAAACUUUGGACGAACAGGAUGGAAAUCCUAUUCUUACUGACAAGUUACCGAUAGAUAAAGAUCAAUUUGAAGAUUCGCCAUCAGGACCUGAAAAAGAAAAACUAGCAGAUAAAAUAAUUAGAAAAUUUUCUAGAAAAGGUAAAAAGAGUACAAAUGACCCAAGUAAUAUCAAAAACGAUGAAGAUGACGACAAGAUUGAAGUUCUUCAAGAUAAAAAUGGCAGCGUUGAUGUGCCAGAAAUAAAUCCAAAUCAAAGUGAUAGUUCUAAUAAUAAUUCGCCAGGAGCUAAUCCUUCUGAAAUUGAAUUACUUCAAACACUUGUAAAUAUUGUUCAAGACGGAGAUGGCAACGUUAUUGAUGUCACUAAGUCAAGUCGUAGUAGUAUGAUUAGUCCUGAUGAGCUUAGAAAAAGUACAGUGUUUGAAGAUGAAAAUGCCAGUAUAUCAAUUGUUGAAGAUGAAAAUGGCAAUGUUAUUAAUUUACAUUCAGAAUUAGCUAAAACUUUAAAUGGGAAAAAAAGAUAUGAUUAUCGUUUAGUUGAAACAUUAUCAGUUUCAGCAUCAACAAAAGCAGGCAGUGUAAAACAGCCACCAACUAAUUGGUUGAAAACUGGAGUGAUCACCAAGUAUAAGCAUAUUGGCACUAAGCAGACAACAGCUCAAUUACAUCCAUAUAAAUUUACAAUGACAUUGAUGGAAGAGGCAGAGUCUAGAGGAGCAAAAGUUAUAAUUGGGCGAGUUGAUGGAAUAGAAUUUGAUAUGGCAAAAGCCUCAGGUGUAAAAAUUUCAACAACAAAUGAAAUCAUAGCAGCUGACACUGUUGUUGUUGCUAUGGGACCAUGGAGUGGAGAAGUACUUUCAUGGCUUGUGAAAAAAGGAAAUAGAGCUUUUCAACUACCAGAUGUAUCAGGACAAAGGGCACAUAGUAUUGUUUUAAAACCAUCUGUUCCUAUAUCAGCACAUGUAUGUUUUGUUUCACUUAAUUUAGGACAUAGAUUUGCAGAACCAGAAAUUUAUCCAAGACCAGAUGGGGAAGUUUAUAUUUCAGGAGAAUGUGAUGAAUCAACGCUUCCAGAAAGUGCAGAUGGGUACAUACCAAAUCCAGUAGCUAUCAGAAAUCUUAAAAAUAAUGUAAACACAGUUUCUCCAGAUGUCUUAGGAUGUGCACCAGUUAUAAAAGAACAAUGUUGUUAUAUGCCAAUAACAGAUGAUGAUAAGCCAUUAAUAGGGAAAAUACCAUGGUUAGAUGGUGUAUAUAUUGCGACAGGACAUUCAGUAUGGGGAAUUUUAAAUUCAUCUGGUACAGGUAAAGUUAUUGCAGAAAUGAUUUUAGAAGGUCAAGCAAAAUUUGCUGAUGUUAGAGCAUUGGCUCCAAUGAGACCAAAAAAAUAA